UGGGCAGAGGGUUCCGUGGUACCAUGGCCCUGGGCCGGCCGGCGGAGCGGGCAGGUCCCGGCGCGGCGCUGGCGCUGCUGUGGCUGCUGGUGCGGGCGGCCGCCCCCCCGGCCGUGUGCCCUCCGGGCGACGCGGGCUGCCGCCUCCUCAGCGUGGCCGACCUCUUCGACCGCGUGAUCCGGCACUCGGGCAGGAUCCACAGCCUGUCCACCGAGCUGGAGAAGUACUUAACGCCCCGUGACAACGAGCUGGGCAGGCCCGCGAGGAAGUGCCACACGGCCACCAUGCUGACCCCCAACGGCAAAGAGUACGCCCAGAAAAUCACGAGAGAAGAACUAACCUACUUGAUUCUGAAGCUUCUGCAAGCCUGGAAAGAGCCACUUUCCCGCUUUAAUCAGCACAUUGAAAACCUUCAGGAGCUACCUGGUGAGAGCCUCAGCAAAGCGAAGCAAAUCAGCAACAUGGUGCAUGAGCUGGAGACUGGGGUUGAGAAAGUGACAGAAAAGAUGCAGUCAAUGGGCAUCAUCAGCAAUUCAUUACAUGGAAUGGCAUCAUCUGAAGCUGCUGGCUUAUCAAUUAGUAAUGAAGCAAAUGUGAUGAGUGACUCUGACUUCAUUCACUGUUUCAGGAGAGACUCCAAUAAAGUACAAAGCUACUUAAAGAUUCUGAAAUGUAGGAUUAUGCCAGAAAACAGUUGUUGAGUAGUAAUCUCUUAGCAGGCAGUUUUCAGCAUGCUGUUUAUUUAGAUAGAAAAAUAUAAUUUAUUUACAAUAAGUUUAUUAGGAAAAAGGUUUGGAAACUCUGGCAGUUACUUGAGACUGUUAUCCUAUGCCGAUAGAAUAUUAAAUAAAGCAUCAUGUGUGUACGUGGGUAAGCACAUAAAGACAAAAAGGAGUACUCUGGCAGUAGAUGAAGCGAUGUCUUUGGUACAAUUUAGACAUACAGGCAGUUGAAAAUGAAAGUUAGUUUGGUAAACCUUGGUACAAAUAUAUCUAAAUACUAUAAGUUUCCGUAUGGAAAAACAGUGCUCAAUUCUGGUCUGAGCACCAUUUCAGUGUGGGAGUUGGGUAUGGCUGAUGCAGCAGUGAGUCCAU